ACCGGAAGGUCGCAACCAAGUCGCGAGGAGUUGCUCAAAGCUCAAGAAGCAUGGGAUCGGAAGGAUCGCCAGGCAUUUCAGUACCUGUGUUGGGCUUUGGAGGGGCAACUUGAGCUUCUUAAGAUGCUGAUUGACCUGAAGGGGAAGGAAGGUGCAGCAGCUGCAGCUUGGAAAAGAGUGCAAGAUAGGCACUUGCAGAAAGGGCUUCUAAGCGUGCUUACUUGGCGGAAGCGGUUUUACACCAUGGAGCGGAACUAUGGGGAGGGGGAGACCAUGGUUCAGUAUCUCCAGAGGGUGGAUGAGAAUGUGAGGGCUUUGGAGGAGCUGGAUUACACGGUAGAUGAGAAGGAGAUCAUCUAUACUGCACUCCAAGGGUUGGAUCAAGCGGCUAAUGAGGCAUUACUACAGUACCUUCACCUCGAGCAACAGAAAUGGACCAAGAUGUGGAUUUGGGAGGUUCUAAUUUCUGAUGAGGCUCGCAAGGUUGAUGCUGGAAGAGGCCUAGUAGGAGGCAUGGGUGCAGCAGAUAAAGCUUCCUUCACGAAAGGCUAUCAACAGCAAGGAGGUGGGGGGAAGAAGAAAGAGUUGGACAAAUACCUUGUGCCCGGAUGCAACAAAAAACACUCUUGGAAGAGUUGCUGGAGUAGGCCUGAGGGAUGGAAGCCUCACGGCUACUCAGGAGAGGCCCCACCAGUGACCAAACCUGAUUGGGUGGAGAAAAGGAUGAAGAAGGGGCUCUGGAAUAAGAAGGGCAGCAAGGGAGCAACGGCGGCAGCUGCUAAGGAUGAGAAGGGGAAGGGCCAAGACGACUCCUCCGAUGAUGGUUUCUCGUUUCUCAUGCUAGGGCAGGAUGCAUCUCUCGUUGGUCGUGCAUUGGCUGAUCCCAACUUCCUGGUUCUAGACUCUGGAGCAACAUCUGGGAUGCUUCCUCGCCGUGAUCUCUUCACCUCCUACCAUCCUCUCCCACCAAACUCUAGGAGAGUGAUUGUUGGGAGCGGAGAUUUGCUGCAGGCAAUUGGCAUCGGCACGAUCACCAUUGAGGGGAAGGAGGGGGAGCUAGUGGGUGUGAAGGGGGUCCUUCACGUCCCUGGUUUGGCUGCAAACCUCCUUUCAUGCUCGCAGCUGGCUAAACAUGGAUACAUCUGCACUUUCACUGAGGGAGGGUGCACUGUUAGAAAGGGUGAAGCUGUGGUGAUGGAGGCAAAGCUGGACAAGGGUUUAUACCUUGUUCCAGCUUGUGUGCCUAAUUGUUACAAGGCACAUAUGGUUUUUUCUGAGGAAGCCGCUUGUAGCACUCGCUGGAGGCAGGUGGAAACGGUGUCACCUGAGUUGCUACACCUUCGCAUGGGGCACGCGGGGAAGCAGCAACUACUGGAGUGUGUGAAAAAGGGGGAGCUGAAGGGGGUGGAGGUCAAGGAAGGAACUGGGCAGCAGAGAAAAUGUCAUGACUGCACAUCUAGAAAGCUGCCUAGAACCUCAUUCCCUAUCUCCUCUGAUCAUGCCUCGACUCCCCUUGAGCUUGUGCACACGGAUGUGUGUGGACCGAUGCAAACUCCUGACCGGGAAAGGGGCAGCAGGUACUUUGUCACCUUUCUUGAUGAUUUCAGUCGACUUAGCUGGGUCAUCUUGGUGAAGACCAAGGAUGAGGUGGCAAAGGUGUUUAAGCGGUGGAUACGCUAUGUGGAGAGGGAAUCAGGGGCCAAGGUAAAGGUGUUAAGGUCAGAUCGGGGUGGAGAGUACCUUGGGAAAGAACUUCAAAUCUUCUUGGAAGAAAAGGGUAUUUCCCACCAGCUCUCUGUACCUUACACGCCGCAGCAAAAUGGGGCAGCGGAGCGGCUUAACAGGACCUUGACCGAUUUGGCUCGGGCCAUCCUUGCCCAUGCCGAGCUUGAUAACACUUGGUGGGGGGCAGCAGUGCAGUAUGCCAACUGGGUGAAGAACAGGAUGGGCAGCAAGGGGCUUGGAGGCAAGAGCCCAUACUCCUUAUGGACAGGGAAGGUGCCGAAUGUUUCCAUGGCACGAGUGUGGGGGUGCAUGGCUCAGUAUAAGGUACCUGACCAGCAAAGGAGGAAGCUAGAUCCUAAGGCACAGUGGGGGAUUUUCCUUGGGGUUUCUGAGAGGAGCAAGGCUUGGGUGCUAUGGAGUGUAGCUGACCAGCGUGUGAUGGAGAGCCGUGAUGUGAUUUUCCAUGAGGGGCUGAAUUAUAAGGGGUGGAAGGAGCGUGGUGCAAGCCAUAGUGGGACUUCCAUUCAAGACCCUCAUGCGGCCUCUAUCUUUGAGGGGGCAUGGGAGGACCCUGGAGAUGAAGGGGAGGAGCAGCAGGGGGAGCCAGAACCAGCUGAUUCUAACCAUGAGGAGUCCCGAGAGACAGAUUCUACCCCUCAGCCGGCCACGCAGGCCGAUGCGCAUGAUGAUCAGCCGGAGCACCAUGUGACUUCAACUCCAUCGAGAAGCAGUUGGCAGGAGUUGUUGGACCAGCAGCUGUCCAAGACUCCGAGGACUCCAAUGAAGAGGGUGACUUGGGAGGAGAAGCUGCGGAGGCUGGAAGAAGGAGAGGCAACACUUCUGCGACGCAGUGCUCGAAUUUCCCAGCCACCUGAAAGGUUUACCCCGGGGCACAUUGCACGCAUGCAUGAUCAUCUUGUAUCUGAUUUGGAUGAUUGCAUGCUUGUGGACAUGCAUGGGCAUGAGUAUGCUCUUGAUGUGUGUCUAAUGGGUCAGGUGCAUGAGCCUAGGUCAGUCCACGAGGCGCUGAACCGUCCAGAAUGGGUUGAGUCCAUGCAUGAGGAGCUUGAGUCUCACAAGGUAAAUGGAUCAUUUGAGCUGGUUGAUCCAGCAGUGGUACCACCUGGUUUGGAGGUCCUCAGGUGUCAAUGGGUUUGGAAAUACAAGCAUAACCCUGAUGGUACCGUUGAGAGGCCUAAGUCCAGACUGGUAGUGAUGGGAAACAUGCAGAAAUUGGGAGUACACUAUGAAGAAGUGUACUCUCCAGUUGGGAAGCAUGCGACCUUGAGAGGUAUGCUUGGAAUUUCGGCUGCUUUGAAGCUUGAUAUCCAUCAUAUGGACGUCAAGACAGCCUUCCUCCAUGGGGAUUUGGAAGAAGAGCUUUACAUGCGGCAACCUCCUGGUUUUGAUGAUGGGUCUAACCGAGUGUGUCGCCUCAAAAGGUCCAUUUAUGGGCUGAAGCAAGCCCCACGACAGUGGUACCUGAAAUUUGAUGAGGCUCUCAUGGAUUUUGGGUUUGAGAGAUUUGAGUGUGACCCUGCCUUGUACCACUUUGUGCGAGAUGAGGAGAGGAUCUCCUUAUUCCUCUAUGUGGAUGACCUUUUGCUCCUAUGCUCUAGUAAGGUUUUGCUAGAUCGAGUGAAAGACUUCUUGUCCUCGCGUUUUCGCAUGAAGGACUUGGGGGAGGUGAAGUACUACUUGGGAAUGCAAAUUGAGCGUGAUGAGAGUGGUAUCUUGAUUCAUCAAGAGAGGUACAUUCUUAACAUGCUUCAGUCCUUUGGUCUUUCAGAGGCCAACCCCGUGCGUACUCCUCUCCCGACAGGCUUUGAUGUGCAUGCCUAUGAGGAUGAACCUUUGCUGCGAGAUGAGCUGGUCAAGCUCUACCAAAGCAUUGUGGGAUCCCUCAUGUAUGCUUGUACUACCACACAGCCACAGAUUGCAUUCGCAGCCGCUAAGAGAGUGCUGAGGUACCUGAAAGGUGGUGUCAAGUCAGGUAUCUUCUUCCAAACACAGCCCCAAUAUCAGGUCCAGCUGGUUGGCUUCAGUGAUGCCGACUAUGCUGGAGAUUCCGCAAGUCGCAAGAGCCACAGUGGGUAUGUGUUCUGUCUGAAUGGGGCAGCUAUCUCUUGGCAGAGCAAGAGGCAGCCCGUGGUGGCACUCUCUACCACUGAGAGUGAGUACAUAAGUCUGUGUCAGUGCAUUCAGGAGGGUGUGUGGCUGAGGCGUUUGUUUGGGGAGUUUGGCCAUGCUCAUGCUGGUGGUGUGCCUGUGUUUGUGGACAAUCAGUCUCCCAUUGCCCUUGCACAGAAUGCAUGCUUGCAUGGCCACACCAAACACAUGCAGGUCCGGUGGCAUUUCAUUCGGGAGAUGGUGGCUGCGGGAGAGGUGAUUUUGCAGUGGUGCCCCACCAACCGUCAGGCUGCUGAUAUCCUUACCAAGUCUCUUCCAUUUGAGCGCCAUGGUGUGUGCAUGACCUUGCUCGGGAUGCAGCCCCAUGAUGACAGGGUUCUCGCAGCAGAUGCCGGCGUCUUGGUGCUCCUCUCCUUGGCGGACUCCAUGCUCUGGGUGGCCCCAACCCAUGAGCAAGGGGGAGUGGUGUGAAGUCUUUUGCCCUAAGGUGUUGAGCCACACCCAGCACGAGCAAGGGGGAGUGAUAAAUGUGUAGUAUUCUGUGGUGUAGUUUGCUCUAGCUGGUUGUGGGCUAUUGGGUUUUGGGCAAAAGGACUUGGGUUGGUUGGCAAGGUUUGAACUCGUUACCUUUCCAACCCAUACAACCUCAAAUCCACUACAACAUCUUUGAUGUUGCACUCAUGGCACUUGAGAGUGUUGGGGUUUGGUCUAGGGCAAGGGUUGGUGGUGUUUGACAAUCACAUACUGCA